AUGAGCGGGUUCUUGGGGCGGCGCGCGUCCGUGUCGGCGCCGAUCGCGGACGACAACGUCGCGCUCGAGGGCUGGCUCAAGAAGCGCGGCCACCACUUCUUCUCGACGGUCAAGACGCGCUACUUCGUGCUCCUCAAGGACGGAGCGCUCGUCUACUUUGCGGACGACAAGCGCAAGAAGCAGAAAGGCGCUGUCCGCGUCGCGAUCCAAGACGUCGUGACGCCGACGACGACCAAGGACAAGAUGUUUGCGUUCCAGCUCAAGAAGACCUCGAGCGACCACGACGCCAAGCCGUUCGUGCUCACGAUGCUCGCAGCGACCGACGCCGAGCGCACGUGCUGGAUUGAAGCGCUGCGCAAGGUCAUGGCGGCGUCCGUCCCGCCGGUGCGCCUCACCAUGAUGCUGCGCAGCACGACGUUGCGUGCGUCGUCGACGCGGUCGCUGGACACGGGCGCGUCCGACGUCUUUGGGAUGCUCCUCGAGAUCGGGAAGCUCCAGCAGCUCGUGCAAACGGCCAAGACCGAGUGGGGCGACGACCCGCUGCAGUGGACGUCGGACCAGUACCUCGAGCUGUGCCGCAGCAUCGUCUUCACGCACGAGCAAGCGGCCGGGCUCAGCUUGAGCUUGCUGGAAAACCAAGUGCUCCAGGAGGCCCUCGAGCUCCGCUACAAGUACGAGGACGCCCACGCCGCACGCUUGCGGCUCUCGUCGGCCGACGUCAAUGGGCUGUCAGCGUUGUCCACGACGCCGCCGGACGAGGCGCCAGUGCUAGUGGAGGCGCCAGUGCUGGUGGAGAUGCCAGUGGAGACGCCUGCGCCGCUGCUGCCGUCUGGCACACGCAAGUACUUUGAGACGCUGGACCCGGCCUUUGUGGCCUUGUCGCCGCGCUCCAAGACGAUGGCCAAGUACACAGCGUUGUACCAGCAGGAAGCGCUGGCGGCCAAGCGGUCGUGGAACGCCCAUCGAGAGCUCGACGACGACCUGCUCCAAGUGCUGGACGCGCCCAUUACGACCGACGAUCUCGUCGACGCGCUCGCUCGGCGCUUCGAGGCCGACCGCGUCUACACGAGUGUGGGCGACACGCUCUUGAUGGUCAACCCGGCGCCACGUCUCUUGCACCACACGGCCGGCAACUCGAUCUACGACGAAGCCACGGUGUUGUGGUACCGCGACCAUGACGUCGCGGUCUGCAGCCCGCACCCGUUUGCGCUGGCCAAGCGAACGCUGUCGAGCGUGCUGGACAUGAAGGAGCCCGAAAGCAUCGUGCUCAUGGGCGAGUCAGGCAGUGGCAAAACGGACUUUGCCAAGCACGUGCUCAAGUACAUUGCGACGAUCCAGCAAGCGCCCAAACCGCCGACGGUGCAACUCUUUACAAGCUCGACCAAGAGCACGAUCAAAAUGCGCAGCGACGAGGCGCACCUCAUGGACCUCCUCGCGUCCAAGCAGGUUCAGUACGAGACGAUUUACUUGGACAUUACGCCCGAGCGCUGGCCCGAGAUGCUCGCCGUGAGCCACGGUGUCAAGCAACUGCCGCAAGUGCACAUGGACCACAUGUUUUUUGGCUCGUACGACGAGCUCCAGCGCCUCGAGGACGAAGAGCAGUUUGUGUUUUACGUCAAAAACCCACGCGCCGCGCGCCUCUUGUCCGUCCUCCUCGAUGGCAACGUGCUGCUCGAGGCCUUUGGAAAUGCGACGACGAUGCACAACCCGAACUCGUCGCGCUUUGGCAAAUCGACGGCCUUCCGCGUGCACACAACGACGGGCCACCUCUACGGCGGCGCGAUCACGCCCUUCUUCCUCGAGACGUCGCGCGUCACCAACGCGAGCGCAGACACCUUCAACUUUCAUAUCUUUUACGCCCUCCUGCUCGGCGGCAGCGCGUCGCUUCUCGCGGAGCUGCGCCUCGACGCUGCGUCGCCCCUCGCCUUUGCAUACCUCGGGAAUGCCCGCUCGAGCACGAUCGCGUCGAGCGUCGCGUCGUACGAUGAGGACCGCCAGCGCUGGCACCAAGUGCUGCGCUGCUUUGACCUUGUCGGCGUCUCGGAGCUCGAUCGUCUCGCGAUCUUCCGCGUGCUGGCAGCCAUCUUGCACCUUGGCAAUAUCCCCUUUGACGACGUACUCAACGCGCAGGGCGUUGCCGAAGGCGUGCGCAUUGCCGACAAGAGCGCACUGGAUACGAUCGCCCGCCUCCUUUCGCUGGCACCUGCUGCGAUCGAGCACGCGCUCUGCACCAAACGCCUCAACGUGGCCAAAGCGUCCGAAACGUACGAGCUCCACGUGCACCGACCCCACGCGAUCAAGGCCCGCGACAGCUUGGCUCGACUGCUCUACGACGGCCUCUUCCACGCCCUCGUCGCGCUUCUGAACCGGUCCACGGCGCCCAGCGCGGACGCGCCAAAGGAGCUCUGCGACGUGACGCUCCUCGACGUCUUUGGGUUUGAAGACAUGCAAGUCAACUCGUUCGAGCAACUGUGCAUCAACUACCUCACCGAGAAGCUGGCCGUCUUGCACGUGCAGUUUGCGAGCGAGGCGCAAUGCGCGCUGUACUUUGCCGAAGGACUGGACGCGCUCUGGCCGACGCACCACGGCAGCCUCCUCGUGCACGAAGGCUCGGGCAUGCAGGUCCUCGAGAGCGCCGUCGGUGUCUGGGCCUGCCUCGAGGAAGCCACGCUGCUCCACGGCAACGAGCAAGACGCCAAGCAAGCGAAGAAUAGCCGCUUUGUACGCGCGCUGUACCUGCGCAACGCGUCGCAUGACGGGCUGCGCGUCGAGCCCGAUCCGCUGCAGUUUACCGUUCUCCACCACCGCAGCGCCGUCACGUACACCGCGAUCAACUUUGUGGCGAAAAACAGCGAGGCGCUCUCGGGCGAAUUGCAAGCGCUCGUGCCAACGUCCGAGAACGCGUUUGUCAAGGCGCUGCUGACGCACCACACGCUGCCGAGUGCCUCGAAGCGGCAGACACCGAGCGUGUCGAGCCAGUACCGAGCCCACGUGAUGGCGACGCUGGCGGCGCUGCGCGAGACCAAGCCUCACUUUGUGCACUGUUUCCGCGCGCGCUUGCCGUCAUCGAAGGACUACUUUGCACUGGAUAAGCCGCUGCUCGAAGCGCAGGUCAAGGGCCACAUGCUUGCACAAGUUGCGACGUGGGCGAGCUUGCUCUUUCGGCACCACACGCUUCUCGCCGUCUUCCACCAGCGCUACCGAAUGCUUUUUCCAGGUCCGAUCGAGUCGCUCGAGAGCCAGGUCGAGGCGUUUGUCCACGAAGCGUUGCCGCACGAGGCCCGAGGCCGCAGUUUUGCGAUCGGCGCGACCAUGAUCUUCUACUCGGACGCACUGCAGCUCGUGUUGCACCGGCAGCGCGACCGGCUGCGCGCCGACGCCUGCCUCGUCCUCCAAUCGACGGUGCGCAUGUGGCGGGCCAAAAUGCGCGUGCGAGCGAUUCGCCAGUCGCUGCGGCAAUACCUUGAGGCGAUCACAGCGUUCUACGCCAAGUACAACCCCGCCAAGCUCUCGCAAGUGCCGACGAUCGUCCGCGCCUUCCGCGGGCGCGAGGCCGACCUCCUCGCCAAGCUCGAGCGCAAGUACGCGCACACGGGGCCGUCGACCGAGCACGAGGUCCAGGACACGUCGCUCGAAGCGUUCAUUUUAAGCGUCAAGUUUGAUGCGGCGACCGUCCAGAAGGCGUAA